UUGCAAAGGCGGGAAAUUCUCCUACAUACCUCUCUGAAGGUAAAGCGCGAUUCCUUUCCCACUAUAGCGACUAAUCUCGCCUCGGUUUCUCCAUGGGCUGUGCAUUGUGUGACAGAGCGUGUGGCUCGAGGAGACAUUGUUUCUGCAAACAACGAGGAUGAGAAAUGUGUACUGCGUCUAAUGAAAGAAGUGCAAGUCAUAACCUCACAUGUUAGAGGAUCUUCGCAUGCAAGAUUAAACAUGCGUAACGAAAUCCGCGGACUAAUGUGUGAACGAGGCCUGCCGAGUUUCUAUGUCACGAUAAAUCCGGCUGAUGUCUAUAAUCCACUUGUU